AUGAGUGAUUCACCGAAUUCGGAGCCAAAAACUCCCCCCGAAACUAUCGACCACAGUAGUGACCCGCCCACCUAUGUUGAGGACGGCUCAUCCCAUGACUCAUUUAUCGCCCGCUUUCUGGAUGGCUUCCGUCGCGAUCCAAAUGCCCGGAUCUCGAGUGAGAAGAAAGAGACGGGCGGUUCCCAGGACAAGGCUUAUAAUUUGGAGGCGGCUGUUUCUAAUACUGCAUCUUCGCCUUUGCAGCGAAAAUUGAGAGGCAGGCAUUUGCAGAUGAUAGCUAUUGGUGGCUCAAUUGGAACUGGAUUGUUUAUUGGUUCCGGAAAAGCUCUUGCGGAUGGUGGACCUGCGUCUGUUCUGAUGGCUUUCAUCCUUGUAGGGGUGAUGUUAUACUCCACUGUUCACGCCUUGGGUGAAAUGGCUGUGCUUUUCCCGGUUGCUGGGUCUUUCUCCGCAUUUUCGACCCGUUUUAUCGACCCUGCUUGGGGAUUCGCCAUGGGUUGGAACUAUGGCUUACAGUGGAUCAUCGUUCUCCCGCUGGAAAUCGUCGCAGCUGCUAUAACUGUUGGUUACUGGGGCCCUUCUAUUUCACUAGCAGUCUGGGUGACUAUAUUUUACGUGCUAAUCGUAUCCAUCAAUUUGUUUGGUGUUCGUGGCUAUGGAGAAGCGGAGUUUGUUUUCUCCUUAAUUAAGGUUAUCGCAAUUGUCGGCUUUAUGUAUGUCCUCCCAAGCUUUUUCUUCUCUCCAGCGGAACUAUGUUCAUUCACUGACAUGCACCUCCCUCCCAAACAAAGCAUAUUGGGGAUUGUUCUAGAUGUCGGUGGUGGCCCCAAUGGUGAAUAUAUUGGGGGAAGGUAUUGGCAUCGCCCCGGAGCGUUCCACAAUGGAUUCAAAGGCCUCUGUACUGUCUUUGUUACGGCUGCUUUCGCCUUUGCUGGAACAGAGAUGGUGGGUUUGGCUGCAGCAGAAACCUCCAACCCUCGAAGAACAAUACCGACUGCCGUUAAACAGGUCUUCUGGAGGAUAACAUUGUUUUAUAUCGUAUCCUUGACGCUAGUCGGCCUUCUUGUCCCAUAUGACGAAGUAAGAUUGGUGACUGGUGAAUCAAGUGCCGAUGCCAAUGCCUCUCCCUUUGUGAUUGCUAUUAAAAAUGCCGGGAUCGAAGGACUCGAUUCGGUAAUGAACGUUGUUAUCUUGAUUGCGGUGCUCUCGGUCGGAAACUCCUCUAUCUACGGGUCUUCGCGUACCCUCGCCGCUCUAGCUGAGCAGAGUCAGGCUCCUCGCGUCCUUACCUAUAUCGACCGUCGAGGGCGCCCACUCGUUGCGAUUGGUAUUUCCUCUGCUAUCGGCUUACUUGGCUACCUAGCGGUGGCAAAGGAGCAACAAGGUACGGUAUUCUCAUGGAUGCUUGCGAUCUCUGCAUUAUCCUCCAUUUUUACCUGGGCGUCUGUUUGUUUCGCCCAUAUACGAUUUCGACGUGGUUGGCAAGUCCAGGGACGCAGUUUGGACGAUCUGCCCUACCGCUCUCCAGCAGGUGUUACAGGAUCAUGGAUAGGACUAAUCCUCAAUGUUCUUGUCCUUGUCGCACAAUUAUGGGUCGCUAUUGCCCCCGUCGGCUUCCGUGAAAUGACUGUGAAAGAACGAGUCGAAACCGUGUUUGAACUGUACAUCGCUGUGCCAAUAAUUCUCUCCUUCUUUAUUCCAUACAAGUUGUGGUAUCGCACAAAAAUGGUACAAACCAAGGACAUGAAUCUUGACACUGGGCGCCGUGAUCUCGAUAUUACGAAUUUAAUAGCAGAAGAGCAUGCUGAGCGUACUCGAUGGCCGAUGUGGAAAAAGGUCUACAAAGUGUUUUGCUGA